AACUGGUCUUGGUGGUGGCUAUCCUUGAAAGGGUGGGCGGAGGUGGCCAAUGUGUUUAUCGCAUCGGUCAUCAUUUACUGCCUAACCGUCGUGCCCUGUCCCGCUUUGUGGUUGAGCAAGCUGGAGAGGCAGAUCUUCCGCUUUUUGCGGAAGGGCACCACUGCUCUUGUGAGGCGUUCUAUCUGCUGCCAGAAGCCGUUGAAUGGAGGAUUGGGGAUGCCUUGGCCGUUGAUGCGCAAACAUGCACUGAGGUUCAGGCAUCUCUGGCUACUCCUGAAUGGUGAACAGGUGUGGUCUCCGUUCGUGAAAUGGAUGUUUCCCAGGUUCACUAGUUUUAGUGGACAAGAAAGCUGGUUCUUUCGUAGAUCGAGGUUGGGUAUAUGGUUUACGGAGUGCCGUAAAGCACUCCUACAGUUCCAUCACUCAGGUAAUGCUAGCGGUUUUGGUACCACCACAUUUUUCUAUAGCAGGUUGGUAGAGGCUGGGAACAACGAUACUCUAGGUCUUGGAGAUAACCAGUUAGACAGUCUGUUCCGAAGGACGUUCGGGCCAGGUUGUUUGGAUAAUUUCCCAAAAUCCCUGGCCUGGCAAUGUUACCGAGGAGCCUUACCCAUUCGGGAUAAGCUCGCACGACAUGGUCAAACUACCACUGCCGACUGUCCAAGAUGCGGACGGGAUAGGAAACUGUCCUGCAUGCUAUUGUUCAGUGUCCUGGAGUGUCUGAAGUGUGGGCUUAUGCAGAACAUGUCAGGUUUGGGAAGAGUACAGCUGUCGUCUGAGUCAAUUGUAAAAAUUGACCUGCCAGAUUUCCUCACGAAAGAAAGUAACCAAUGUUUUCUCGCUGUAGUAGCAAUAGCAAAAGAGGUGGUCUGGAAGUCACGAAUGAAAGGUUUAGCGACAGGCAACCUCAUCUCCGGUCUCGGGUUGGUGAGAUAUUUUAUCUUCCACUUUAAAAGGAAGUUGAGGCUGGAGAGAAGAUGCCAUUCAAAGAAAAUGUUCAAAGAAAGACGGUUGCAUGUUGCGAGGGUGCUGGGAAUGAAAGAUUCCUCGUGAACAUGUCAUAAGUCUGCAUACAAAAGUUUCAGUAGGAUGACAUACACAUGUGCAAAAAAAAUAUCUGAAAAGAAUUCCUAUUCUUUCAGUCUCACAAAUUGGCAAUGACAUGCUAGUCUUUGAUAAAUGAAUAUCUUCCAAAUGUCCAAAUCAAUAGUCAUCACAAUUCAUAUCACUG